UCGCGACCCAUGUAACAAGGGAGCAGGUCUUCCAUCGCUCGCGACUCGCCGAGACGCCGACUCGCGACCGCCGCCGCCCCUCGCCCCCUCCGGCUCUCCUCUCUGUGCUCCAGCUCUGCGGCGUCGCCCCCCUCCGGCCUCCGCUCUAGGCUCCGCGAUGGCGCGGUUCUUCCUAAGAUGGGCGCUGGCCGCCCGCUCGCUGCCGGCUCCUUCCUUUCAGCCGAGCAGCCGAGCAGAGCAUAUGAGCAAGCUUCCCUCGUUAGUGUGCAAGAUAAAGGGGGCAAGGACUUUAGUUUCGUAUUUCCCUCCAGUUCCUGGGCAACAGGGAGCCGAACAACAAGCUACUCCAUCCUCAGCACAAGGACAGCAAAACGCCCAAGCUCCUACACCGCAAUCUCAAGGAUUCUCAUUUGCUCCACCCGCGACUGCAGGGCUAAGGUCCCUCCUAACUGUUACCGGAGCAAGCAAUACUGCAACAGAUCCCCAGGACCAACAGGAUUCCGAAACAACUCCCCCACCAGCUUCUGUCCCGACACCAGAGUCCGGCUUCAAAGUCAGGGACACCUCCAACCUGAAGAUCUCACCCAGGCAUGACCUCGCCAUGAUCUUUACGUGCAAGGUGUGCGAGACCAGAUCUAUGAAAAUGGCCAGCAAGGACUCGUACCAGAAUGGAGUUGUGGUUGUGCGGUGCGGUGGCUGCAACAACCUCCACCUCAUAGCAGACAGACUUGGCUGGUUCGGGGAGCCAGGGAGCAUCGAGGACUUCCUAGCGUCGCAAGGAGAGGAGGUGAAGAAAGGUUCAACAGAUACUCUCAACUUUACUUUGGAUGACUUGGCUGGGUCUCAGAUCAGUUCUAAGGGGCCUUCUGAACAAAAUUAGUCUUCUUCCUAAUAUGAUAGGGUUUGGUCUAGUAAGUACACCUGUAGAAGCCUCUCUUUAAUAUAAAGAUACGCAGCUCACCUGCAUAUUCAAGAAAAAAAAAAAGCACAUGUAGAAGUCUACCUUAACUAUUGCCCCAGUAGUUGUGCUCAACUUCAUGGCUUCUGAUGUGUAGCUCUCAAGUCCAUCAAAUACGUGCUGUUGUGAUUCUGUUGCAGUGUAGUUCUUUUUUAUACCAAAAACUGGAUCCAGGAGCUGUAAGCCCACAUAAAUUGAAUAUGGUGAAUCUCUUGUGAAGUACCCACAUUCUGAUUCUGUA